UAGGCUAAAACACAACAAAAAUAGAAAGUAAAGAGAGAUUAUCUCCACUGCAUCCAGAACUACAAACCCAAACUUACAACCGUCAACCAUCUUCCUUACCACGUUGACAUUCUCUGAAACCAAAAACUCAUCUUACACUUCCACACUUCACUUCACAGAGAAAUCGCAGCAAACUCACACCAAUCAAUGUCACUCUCUUUCUCUUCAACCUCUCUAUCAUUCACCGAAUCUUCAUUCUCACUCCCAAGACCAACGCAUCAAUGCUCAAAUUUCCACACAAUCACGUACGCAUCAAACAGCUUUCGAUCAGUAACAAGAGUUGGAGGUUCUACUUUCUGUAGAAGAUUUCGUGGUUUCAAACUUUGGAUACUUGAUAGACUCAAUUUUCAACCGAUGAAGCAACAACCUAACUGUAGAAAUCACUUCAAUAAUGAUAUGGAAACUGAAGGAUCGGGUUCCGAUUCGUCUCAUGUACCUGAUGAUAGUAAGGUCACUUCUUCCAAGGAGUCUCCAUCUUUGCUGCAAACAAUUCCCUUAACCACUCCCAUGGAUGUUAGUAGAGAACCUUCACUUUGUAUUGCUGUCAUAGGAGCCACUGGUGAGCUUGCAAGAGGGAAGAUUUUUCCAGCUUUAUUUGCCCUCUACUAUAGUGGCUUUCUUCCUGAGAAUGUAGCCAUUUUUGGGUAUUCUAGGAAGAAUAUAACUGACGAAGACCUACGGUCCAUUAUAGCUUCAACAUUAACAUGCCGAGUUGAUCAUCAACAGGAUUGUGGGGACAAAUUAGAAGCUUUCCUUGACAGAACACACUACGUCAAUGGAGGUUAUGACAACAAACAUGGGAUGUCCUUACUACAAGACAGGAUGGAGCAGAUUGAGGGAAGAUCCAAAGCCAACAGGAUUUUCUACCUUUCUGUGCCACAAGAAGCACUUUUGGAUGUUGCUUCAUGUCUCGCAAGCGGUGCUCAGACCCAAAAUGGAUGGAAUCGCAUAAUAAUUGAGAAGCCAUUUGGGUUUGACGCACUCUCUUCACAAAGGCUGACACAAUAUCUUCUCUCAAAGUUUGAGGAAAACCAACUAUAUAGGAUUGAUCAUCUUCUAGGAAGGAAUCUUAUUGAAAAUCUCACAGUUCUAAGGUUUGCCAAUCUAGUUUUUGAGCCUCUAUGGAGUCGAACUUACAUAGACAAUGUGCAGGUCAUUUUAUCGGAGGACUUGGCUGUGCAUCCAGGAAGGUAUUUCGGUGGCUAUGGGAUUAUCCGUGAUAUUGUUCACAGCCAUAUCCUCCAAACAAUUGCAUUGCUUGCUAUGGAACCACCGGUUAGCCUUGAUGGAGAAGAUAUCCGAAAUGAAAAGGUCAAGGUUUUAAGAUCAAUUCGCAAAUUGGAGCCUAAGGAUGUCAUUCUUGGUCAAUAUAAAGCAAGUAGCAGAGACAAAGUUGAUAAGAUCUUAGAUGGUCCGACGCCUACUUAUUUUGCUGCUGCAUUAUACAUCGACAAUGCACGAUGGGACGGUGUACCAUUUUUGGUUAAAACAGGCCUGGGACUCAUCAAACACCAAAUGGAGAUACGAAUUCAAUUUCGACCUGUUCCAGGAAAUGUUUACCAUGACUGCAUCGGGCACAAUACUGACCGUGCCACAAAUGAGCUCAUUCUCCGUGAUGUUCCUGAUGAAGCUAUUCUGGUGAGAGUUAACAACAAGGUUCCAGGAUUAGGCUUACAACUGGACUAUUCAGAAUUGAAUUUGCUUUACAAGGACAAGUACAACGCUGAGGUGCCAGAUUCAUAUGAGCAUCUUCUGCUUGAUGUCAUUGAUGGGGAUAACCAUCUGUUUAUGAGAAGCGAUGAACUGGCAGCUGCAUGGAACAUUCUAACUCCAAUUAUGAAUGAGAUAGACAAGAACAAUAUAUCAGUGGAGCUUUAUGAGUUGGGCGGUCGAGGUCCAGUCGGGGCAUACUACCUUUGGGCAAAACAAGGCGUCCGUUGGGUAGAAGACUAGCGUUCUCUCUGCAUUUCUUCCUUAAACUUGUUACCGUGUUUAUUUUUAUUUUACCUGCCCGAAAAGGACUAUACCACCAAGGCUGCAAGUAUUUUUUUAAUGCACUUGAUCAUUUUACGUUGCAAGCGAAUUCGAACCCGUGACUCUAUUUAUUCAGCUUUAAAAAAUGAAGUUUUGAUCACUAAACUACUUAAGAAGAAAACCUAACUACAAUUAGUUAAAUGAUCAUGUAUUAUAAAAGAUAAAAUGCUUAAGUGAAAGCUAAGCUUUAUUUUCUAUUUAUACCAAGAUAGGUUUUGAAACUUUGGUUGAUCUUUCCUUAUUGCAUCCUCUUGUUUGCUUGACAAGUAGGAUAAUCAAAUGAGAGUAACUUGGCAAAAAAAUGAAAAAAAACAAAACUCAUAGUUCUAUCUCUUGUUCUACAAUUUUGUGGAAAAAUAGAAGAUGAUGAUGAUGGUGUUGGCAUGUGGAUCAUAUCAUCACUGUUCCAUUCCAUUGUAAUAUAGGGACCACAGCUAUCAGUAUCAUGAGUUGUCGUUGCUUCUGUCCAAAUCUAUAUCACGUGCUAGGACAAAUCUGACAAUUCCUUGAAGAAUAUAUUGUGUCCAUUCUUCCUCACCAUCAUUACCAUAAUAACUGAUUAUGAUUAACUGUGAUUAUUAGUA